AUUGUACUUACAAAAAUCUCCACCAAACUUUAUUCCCGGCUUCACAAUCCAAUUUUUAGUUCGGAAGUAAUUAUAAGCAACAUAAUUGCAUACAAAAUACGGAUCACAUUUUGAAAAUGAUGCCCAUAAUGUAUCAGGGUCGAGGUAUUGUGAUUCAACUUCAAUUGCCAAAGCUUCUACACAAUAGGCAAGAAAAAAGGCUUCUUCUAAACUCAAAAAGAGGACUUCUCUCAUUCCAGAUCUAUCAACAGAAUAUACAGGCUGUAAUUCAUUGAAAUAAUCUUCAUAUUCACCAUCAGAAUCUUGAACAAUAAUAAUCUUUUUAUUGUUUCUAAAUUUUAGAGGGUUUUUUGAUGCCCAUUCCAUUCGUUUAUCGUACUGUCGAAUUCUUAAAAUAUCUGGUUUUUCAUUGUUAUAUUGUGGAUAACUUCUAGAAAAAUUACCUUUACCAAAGAACCCCAUUUCAAAAAUCAACUUUAUGUCUUUGGGGUCAUUAAUAUGUACUGAAAAUUCAUUAAAUUUGCAAUUUAUUUUCGCGCUCGUCCUAAAUUUUUCUCUAAUAGCUGGAAGAGGUACAUUCGGCAAAAAUUUCCCAAAUUUUUUAGGUCUGGGAUUAAUAAUUUCCAUUUCAAAUUUUUUGCGCUAAUAAUUUCAAUACGGCAAUACAAAAUAUAUCUCUACCUUUGUCUAACGCAUAAACAGUUCACAUGUGUAGUUCUCUAAAAUUAUGUUGUCAGCACUUUUUAAAUUGUCAAUAAUCACGAGACACCAACCUAGGGCUUGGGUCAAAUCACUCAAAUCAUCAGCUGUUCUGUUUUGCUAAAAAGGGUGUGAGUAUAAAAUUAGAUCCAAAACGACAAAAUGGCAUCUCAUUUAGGAGCUGGAACAGAUCCUAAAAUUAAGGAGAUAUUUACGUCCCUGGAUGAUGAUAAAACUGAUAUGUUAGCAGCUACUAGUGUCUUGCAGCAGAGAGCCACAGAUAUUAGAAGCCAACAUGUUAAUUGGCAAUCAUAUUUUCAAUCUCAAAUGAUUUCACAAGAAGAUUACAAUUUCAUUGUUGCUUUUGAUGUCCCAGACGGCUCAAAGAGAGAAGCACUUUUGCAAAGUGAUCGCGAUCAGUGUGCCCAAACCUUCCUCAAUCUUUUAGGACAUGUAUCAAAAGAUCAAACAUUGCAGUACAUUUUGGUGCUGGUUGAUGACAUGCUUCAAGAACAUAGAAAUCGUGUAGAAAUAUUCCAUGAGUAUGCAAACCGUAAGAAGGAAUCAGUUUGGGGGCCAUUUUUGAACCUCCUUAAUCGUCAAGAUGGAUUUAUUACAAACAUGACGUCCAGAAUUAUUGCAAAAAUUGCAUGUUGGUCUCAAACUCCAAUGGAACGCUCUGACUUACACUUUUACCUAACCUGGUUGAAAGAUCAGUUAAAAACUCAAUAUCAAGGUCUGGUUGCUUCUCAAGCAAAUUCCGAUAAUCUUAAGGGAGCUGCUACAGAACAUUACACGGAAACAGCGUUUGAUCAUCAGUCUAUUCCUCAAGAAAUAACGAACAACGAAUACAUUCAAUCCGUAGCCAGAUGUCUCCAGAUGAUGCUUCGCAUAGACGAAUACCGUUUCGCUUUCGUGUCUGUAGACGGAAUUUCUACUCUACUUUCCGUUCUUUCCGGCAGAGUAAACUUCCAAGUACAGUACCAACUGAUAUUCUGCUUGUGGGUGCUGACGUUCAACCCGCUUUUGGCUGAAAAGAUGAACAAGUUUAACGUUAUUCCUAUUUUAGCCGAUAUCUUGAGCGAUUCCGUAAAGGAAAAGGUAACCAGGAUCAUUUUAGCCGUUUUCAGAAAUUUGAUUGAGAAACCGGAAGAUCACCAAGUGGCGAAAGAACACUGCAUCGCUAUGGUACAAUGCAAGGUACUUAAGCAAUUGGCAAUCUUGGAACAACGUAAAUUCGACGAUGAGGAUGUUACAUCCGACGUUGAAUUUUUGACUGAAAGACUCCAAAGCUCAGUCCAAGAUCUUAGUUCCUUUGAUGAAUACUCAACCGAAGUUAAAUCUGGUCGUUUGGAAUGGUCUCCUGUGCACAAGAGCAAAUUUUGGCGCGAAAAUGCACAGAGAUUGAACGAAAAGAACUACGAAUUACUCAGAAUUUUGAUCCAUUUGUUAGAAACGAGCAAAGACCCCUUGGUAUUGAGCGUUGCUAGUUUCGAUAUUGGAGAAUAUGUUCGUCACUAUCCCCGUGGAAAACAUAUAAUUGAACAACUUGGUGGAAAACAACUAGUCAUGCAAUUAUUGGCCCACGAAGACCCUAAUGUACGUUAUGAAGCUCUAUUGGCCGUCCAGAAACUGAUGGUGCACAACUGGGAAUACCUUGGACGUCAACUCGAAAAGGAACAGAGUACAGAUAAAAAUCCUAACAAAGGUGCCGCUCAAGUAGCAGGAAAAGCAUAAUUAACCUUAAAUUAGUUAACGCAAUAAUCGUUGCAAUAAGAUUUUAGAUUUUCAUAGUCGAUACAACAUUUUUACGAGAUGACUUACGUUUGGAAUGAAGAAAAUUGUAAAUGCAAGAAUGGAUUUUUUAUUGAAAAAUUUUGGUGAUGCGGAUUUGCAUUUAUAAAAUGUUAUUUUCUAUUUUUGUGAUCGUUUACUUGUGAAAUCGUUUCAAAUGAUUUUAUGUUGUGAAAAGAAAUCUGUUCUAUUUUAAUUUGCAAUUUUAUUCAUGCCAAGUGUCGUACCGUCUUUAGUGCCUCUUAAGGAAGUCUUGAAUGAAAAAAUGUUUCUAAUUACAUUGGCUAAAUGUUUCUUUCAGUAUUUUUAUAAAAUCAUCUCUAGUUUUAUAUAUAAUAAUUUAUCGAUUACAUAAUAAACUGAAAGGGUUUUAUAUUAUUUUUAUUGUACUGCAUAUUCCUUAAGAGGCUCUCUUUUUACACAUAACAGAUAUAUUCCGAACUUUGCUUUUUAGAGGCUAAAUAAUAAUAGUACGUGUUAUAAUGUUUGUAUUAUAUUAUGAAUUUUUAAAGACCGGGGAAUUCAUAGGAAUCAAAAAUUAGUGAAUAUAUUAAAAAAGAAGACACUUCACAUAGUUGGGUAUAAUUAAGGUCAACUUAGCAUUAUAUUUCAAAUAGUAAAAAGCCAUUAGCCUCUACAGAACGAACCCUAAGAUUUUUCAAAAUAAAACCCGUAGUUGUAUGUCUAGUUUUACAUUCCCGAUAAAUUUUCAUUAUAUAUUUUUAAUGCUUUAAUGGUAACGACCGAAAAAAAAAAUCAAGAUAAAAGUUUAAUUUCAUUAUUAAGUAUUACCUAUUAACCUCUGUUUUUGUUGAAUGUACAUAUAUACAUAACUAAAAAUAUAUAUUUUGUUCUUGUUAUAUUUGUUUUGGUUUUGACCUCCUAAGAUAAAAAAUAUUUUUCUCAGAGAAUAUGGACAAGGUGUCUAGAUUGACAGUAUUAAAUUAUCCGCUAGAUGGGGCGUAACCUGCUACUAAGAGGCACGUUUUAAGUGAAUCAUUUGCAAUCUGGAGCAGGGACAAGUUGGACAGGCUUUUGCUACAGGGCUGAUAGAAGUGAUCCUGAUACAUUGGCGUAGAAAAUUAUUCUAAAGACGCUAAUAACAAUUUCGCGUAGUUUAAUAAAUUGUGAUUAGCUGUGGAAAUUU